AUGCUGCUCGACAAGGACGCCGACGUCAACGCGCAGGGCGGCGAGUACGGCAAUGCUCUCCAGGCUGCUUCUUCCGAGGGCCACGAGAAGAUUAUUCAGAUUCUACUCGACAAGGGCGCCGACGUCAACGCGCAGAGCGGGCGGUACGGCAAUGCUCUCCAGGCUGCUUUUUCCCAGGGCCACGAGACGAUCGUUGAGAUACUAUUAGACAAGGGUGCCGACGUCAACGCGCAGGGCGGCUACUACGGCAAUGCUCUCCAGGCUGCUUCUUUCGCGGGCCACGAGAAGAUCGUUGAGAUACUACUCGACAAGGGUGCCGACGUCAACGCGCAGGGUGGCAAGUACGGUAAUGCUCUCUACGCUGCCUCUUCUCAGGGACACGAGAAGAUCGUUCAGAUGCUGCUCGACAAGGACGCCGACGUCAACGCCCAGGGUGGCCAGUACGGUAAUACUCUCUAG